AUGGACGCCUGGGUCGAGAAUGGCUACCUGGUCGAGUACGAUGAGGCUACGCACGGUCCUCCGGCGGCCGUCAUUCCCCUGCUCGCCAAGGACCAAGCCCACAAGGAGUCUACCCCAGUUCGUCCUUGUCUAGAUUACCGUGGCUUGAAUGCGGUGAUCAAGUCGAACCCAGGCACUGAUGCCCCAGCAUGCGGUGAGAAGAUCCGCAAGUGGCGACAGGUUGCAGCCAGCCAGUUUGAACUUGUCGACAUACGCCAGGCGUACUUGCAGGUACGAGUCGACCCAUCCCUCUUGCGCUACCAAGUCGUGGUGUGGCGUGGGAAGCUGUACGCCAUGUUACGGAUGGGUUUUGGUCUAUCGAUUGCACCAAAAUUCAUGGAUAUCAUUGUUCGGUGGGUGACGCGACGAUGGCUUGAUGUGGACAACUAUGUCGAUGACGUCCUCACGCCAGCGGAGAAGCGCAAGGCCGUCGCUGCAGAGCUAGCACGGUAUGGCUUGCCGAAAAAGCCACCAGAGCAUCUACCCGAGGCGCGAGUGCUUGGCCUGAAGCUAUCGACAACUGCUGAUGGCACCACCAUGUGGGCUCGCCGCGAUGGAGUCGACCUCAGCUUCCGUCAACCGCUGACGAAGCGUGGUAUAUUCCGAUGGACGGACCGGCUCACAAGCCACUAUCCAGUCUGCUCAAUGUUGAAGCGGCUAGCAAGUGCAGUGAACAGAUGGGACGCGCCGGUUCCACCUAGCGUUCUUCAGUGUGCUGACGAAGUUGUUGAGCAGCUGUCCGCGCAAGACCCCGUCCGUGGUGUGUGGCAUGCAUCAGCCGAGUCUGAUGGAGAUUGGGCUGUGUUCUGCGAUGCCUCGGAUCUGGCAGUCGGUGUGGUCCUCCAGCUGAACGGCCAAGUCAUUGAAGACGGUACAUGGCUGCGGGACACAGCUGGUAAGAAGCACAUCAAUGUGGCAGAGCUAGAUGCUGCGGUGCGUGGACUGUCGCUUGCAGCGCAAUGGCACCAGCAGACGGUACGGCUCGUCACCGACUCAAAGACAGUGUACGGCUGGCUGAAGCAGGUCCUCGACAAUGUGCGCCGAGUGAAAGUCGGUGGGCUGCACAAGAUACUGGUUGAGCGGCGACUGGACGUGAUUGCUGACCUCGUCCAAAUGGUCGGCCUCCAUGUCCGAGUGGAGUGGGUGCCGACUGACCAGAACCCGGCCGAUGAGCUCACCCGUGUCCCGAGGUGGUGGCCCAAGGGUACAGACGAGCUGAGUGAUGUUUGUUCUGUUUCUGUGGCAACGGACAAGCAUGCUAUCGGGCCCGUUACUCUCAGUGAGAUAAAGGAUGCGCAGCAAGCUGAUACCGAGAUAUCACAGCUGCUGGAUGAGCUGAAGUCGGGAACCCCCUGUCGUCGAAGCUGUACAGACCGGUCCGUGAUCAGCUGCUAUAUUCAAGGGUUCAACUCGAGUGAGUGA